GCAAAACCCGACGUCACUGUGACGUAGCACGUUGCGUAGGCUAGCUGUAGCAGUGUUAGCGGUGUCAUGGUGAUGUUGUAGAGGAUUUCUGAGGGUUUCCAAAAUAUCGACGCAGAUCGCUAUUCAUGAGAGGAUUUUAUUAAUGCUCUGUGUUGUGUAGAAGAGCCCUUCAGACCUUCACUGACCCUUGACCUCUGCUUAUCACAUGUAAGAGAGUUGGGCCAGACAGAUACUCGUGGGUCACAUCCUCUCUCUCUAAAGAGCCUCCUCCAUUCAGCUUCUCGAGGGCAUCAUGGGAGGAAUAGAAGAAGAUGAUGACGUGUCCCUGCGGCACCAGGAAGAUGAGUGGAGCAGAAAUCAGGAGAACGAGCACAGUCCUCCAGGCUCCGAGACCAACGCCAAGUGGAUGAAGGAAGGUCAGAAUCAAAUAUGCAAGUUAGCAGAGCAACAGCAAGACCAGAAUCUCAACCUGGUUGAAAACGAGAAUGAAUCUACUGACAGAAACCCAAACCAGAACUCAGAGCGGAGCCAUGAGGAGAAGAACAAGACCCUGAAAGCGCUCUGCUCCGAGCACAGCUGGGCAGACGAUCAGCCUCUUCUGAUUUACUCUUCUAACACUCUGAUGGAGAACAACCAAGAAAACCAAGAGCACACGAGAGACCAGGAAGUAGAGCGAGAGGAAGAGGAACAUUUAACUCCCAGCGGAGGCCAGGACACCAGCUCAUCUAAGGUUCAGAAGACGGGAGGUGAAGCUGGCAGCAGAAAUGCUUGUCUGUUGUUCAGUAAGCAGGGCGUUCCCAGCGACGAGGAGUCCAGCUGCAUGUCUCUGUCUCAGGGAAGCACUGCAAGCAGCACCCCGGACGGAGAGCCAGAGUCCUACUGGGAUGGCAGUGCUUUUGAAACAGACACGGAUCUGCCGGCUGGAUGGAUGAGGGUGCAGGACACAUCAGGCACCUACUACUGGCACAUCCCUACAGGGACCACGCAGUGGGAGCCACCUGGACCCCUGGAGGAGAGAGCAGCCAGCACCUCACCUGCGCUCACACCUGCUGACCAGCCUCAGAUGACAUGGAGCGGUGUUUCUCACCCAAACACAUUCACUGAGGAAGAGCACUGGCAGAAGGAGGAUGUGGCUUCUGAUGAAAGUCUGAAGGAGUUUGAGGGAGCGACUCUGCGCUACGCCUCCAUCAAUCUCAGUUUUUCUCAGCCUGAGGAGGAAGAGGAACAGACUUCUUUGAGCAGUAAUGAGGGGGCGAAGCAGUGCUUCGCAGUGCGUUCUCUGGGCUGGGUGGAGAUCUCAGAAGAGGAGAUGGCUCCUGGAAGGAGUAGUGUUGCUGUUAAUAACUGUAUCCGACAGCUGUCCUACCAGAAGCACAAUCUAGAUGACACCGCUGGCAUCUGGGGCGAGGGGAAGGACAUGCUUCUGGUGCUGGAGAAGGAGACUCUGAGCCUGAUGGAGCCUCAGGGGGGAGCACUGCUGCACUCUCAGCCCAUCAUCAGCAUCCGUGUGUGGGGAGUCGGACGCGAUGAUGGCAGGGACUUUGCAUAUGUGGCACGAGACAAGUUGACUCACGUGCUCAAGUGUCAUGUAUUUCGCUGUGACACGCCUGCAAAGAACAUUGCCACAAGCCUCCAUGACAUCUGCUCUAAGAUAAUGUCCCAGAGGAAGUCAUCCAGCAGACAGAACACGGAUCCCUCAAGACUUGGGGACCUCCCUUUCCAGGAGUUCCCAGUUCCCAAGAAUGAGCUGGGCCAGCGCUUCCAGGUGCGCUACUUGGGUCGUGUGCCAGUGACGAAGCCAGCUGGCAUGGAUGUGAUUAAUGUGGCACUGGAGACUGCUCUCAACAGCAAAGACCAGGAUUGGACACCUGUGACAGUGAGCGUGGCGUCUGCUACACUCACUAUUCUGACGUCUGAGACGGAGGAAGUUCUUUCUGAAUGUCGUGUGCGUUUCCUGUCAUUUAUGGGAGUUGGGAAGAAUGUGCACACGUUUGCGUUCAUAAUGGCAGAGGGACCUGGAGACUUCAUAUGUCACAUGUUCUGGUGCGAUCCAAACGCUGCGAGUCUAAGUGAGGCCGUACAGGCCGCCUGUAUGCUGCGGUAUCAGAAGUGUUUGGACGCUCGGCCCCCCAGCGGUGGCAGCUCUUGUCUGCCCGGGCCGCCUGCUGACUCUGUGGCCCGCAGGGUGGGAUCCAGCGUGAAGAAGGGGGUUCAGAGUCUGCUGGGGAGCUUCAAGAGAUCUGGAUCUCAGACACCCUAAACCCUGGUGUUUGCCCUGUGUGUGUUUGUGUGUUUUGAUCCGAGGGUCCUUCACACCAGAGCAUGUGAGCGGUGGGACGCAAGCGCUCCAGUAAUAUCCCACUCUCACUCGCUGUAAACCAGGUCCCGCUGCCACACGUUUCUCUAGAAGGCCUGCUUGUUUACUCUGUGUACCCAUAUUCUUGGAUAAGUGUCUAAAAUGAUGCAUGCUGAUAAAUAGAAAUUAUCAUGUUUCAAAACUAAAUUCUUACAUUCUUCAUAAUUUUAUUAAUGGUAUAAAUUAAAAUGUAUUCAAUAUUUUAAUCUAACCGUAGCAAACAUGCCUAAAAUGCAAAAGUGUAUUUGAUUUUGGUUCACUUUAUUUCAGUGACAAUAGCUGCCGUUGUUGUGCAAUAGAACAUUCAAAACAGGCUCAUUAAAACACAAACACAAGCGAGAUGAAGUAUGCGUGGAUCCGUACUAACACACCUGAUAUAAAGCCUGUGAAAAGCAGACACAAGAUGAAAUGCAGUUAAAGAGCGUUUGUUUGAUGAGCGGCGCUGAGCAGAUAUUAGCUCUGCUUCACAACACUUCACCUGUCAUUCUACACACGAUACAUGCUACACUGUCAGAUAUUCCAGCGUUACACAUUACACUUUUAUUUGCCUUGGUUUCAGAUGUACUGUAGAGAUGGUUUAGUACUACUGGGUUUGAAUGUGAUGUUCCCAAGAUUGGAUUUUCUGUUUUCUGUGUAAUUGAUGUUAUGUGCACUACACUCUCUUAUGACACUAAACAUUACGCAUGCUAUCAGAAAACACUACAAUGAGCUUAUAUACUAUGCAAUGUGCUUUUUUCAUUUGUUCUUCCGUCUCUGGCUUUGCAUUGCGUCACAUCCUGUGCUAGUUUCGACUGCUUUUCUUUUCUUCUGAAGAAUUGAUCACUCUUCCCCAAACUCAGCAUAGAGGCUGAAGCGUGGCUGAUAUCAGUCGCAAGCCCAGAGUUUGGAUCAUCUGUGUGCGGUUUACCCUAAAAACAUGCGGUCCCUGUCAUGUUCCACACCUGCACACCUCCAGGAGUCUGUCUUUGACCAGAUGCACUGCAGUUCCACUUCUGUAUUUGACCUCCUUGCUUACCGCAAGUCACAGAGCCUUUUCAUUUCUUCCAUUAUAUUUUUCAAUUAUAAAUCUAAUUUAGAUUUUUGACGUAAAAAAUAAACUAUUACUACACAUGACUAAUUUAUUCAUUUGUAAAAUAGCAUAAACAUAUCCUAGUCUUCCAAAGCAGAUUUGCUCAUGAAGAAAGCCUAGCUUUAAAUGAGCUCUUUUUUUCAUUAUCUUCAUUUCUUUUAUUAUCUUACAGUUUUGUGUUCUGAUAUGUUGGAUAUCUGGAUGAAGAAAAAAACAAUUAGCUCAUUAUCAAAAACCCUCAAUCCUAACAUCAGCGGUGUGUUUAACAGAAUGUGAAAGAGACUGAUUCUCAAGAAGGGGUUUGAUUUUGUGUUUUAAAUUAUACAUUAAAGUCAACUGAUGAUCUACACAUAUUUACACGUUGUGUAUUUGGGGGAAAACAUUAUCUUAAAUGCUUUGCAACAAUGGAUGUCUUGCUGUAUAUAUUUAUGUCUUUUAACUCUUAGGAAUGUCAAGUUCAUAAAUAUCAUGUUCUUUGAUUAUUCCAGUUAACGUACAUACUGAAUGUAACACACUAAUAGGGCCAGACAGCUACAUUUUUCAUUGUUUUUUAGUCCCAUUUUCUGUCGUUAAAGGGAUGUUUAGUUGUGGUUUUUUCUUUUGUUUUGUGUACCUGGAUGCUUUAUCUUGGCCAAGUUUACUUUAAUACUUUGUGUAUGUGUCUAGAUAAUGUGAUGUGAUGCUUAAAAUGGCAGUUGCUCUUUGUAACGCUCUAGAAAAUCUUUAUGGAGGAAUAAGCAUUCAUGUACAUGUAAAUAUUCUGCUUCACAUCAACAAAUGGUAGCAAAGAAAAUGUCAUUUUUUCAGUUAAAUACCCUGAGGGUACUUUAUGUUUGUGUGCCAAAAAUCACAGCUGUAAAAUCACUAGCUUGAAAUGUUACUUGCAUAUGCAUAAAUAAUAAAGCAUUAGCUGAUUGGUAAAAUGGUAGAAA